AUGUCCAAUCAACUCAACGGCGCUUACUACGGCCCUUCCAUCCCGCCGCCGCAGCAACCCCACCGUCGCCACCGCAACGACAGCAGCUGCGGCUUCUGCAGCUGUCUCUGCGGCUGCUUCCGCGGCUGUUGCGGCUGCAUUUUCAACUGCAUCUUAAGCAUAAUCUGCAAAAUCCUAACCACAAUCAUAAUCAUCGCCGUCAUCCUCGGCUUCCUCUUCUGGCUCAUCGUCCGUCCUAACGUCGUUCACUUCACCGUUACCGAUGCUUCCCUCACUCAAUUCAAUUUCACCACCAACAACACACUUCACUACGAUCUCGCCGUCAACAUCACCAUCCGAAACCCUAACCGAAGAGUCGGAAUCUAUUACGAUAACGUCGAAACGCUUGCGUUUUAUAAAGAUGUUAUGUUUGGGAAUCAAACCCUAGGGGGAUUCUUUCAGCAUCAUAAGAGUACGGAUUUUUUGAAUCCUGUUUUCAAAGGUGAACAAGUGAUUCCGUUGAGUUCAGAUCAGAAACCUGAGUUUGAUAAGGAGAAAGAAAGUGGAGUUUAUGGAAUUGAUGUGAAGGUUUUGCUUAAUGUGAGGUUUAAAUUAGGUUUGUUUAAAUCGGGGAAAGCGAAACCUAAGGUUCAUUGUGAUUUGAAGGUUUCUCUGAAAUCAGGGAAUGGAAGUUCUUUGAGUAAUGUGUUUCAACCUACUGAAUGUGAUUGGGAUUACAAAUGGAAAUUGUUCCAUUAG